UCGGCGGCCCGGCCGCGGCGAAGGUCAAGAUGGAAGAGAUCCUGAGGAAGCUGCAGAAGGAGGCGUCCGGGAGCAAGUACAAAGCCAUCAAGGAGAGCUGCACCUGGGCCCUGGAAACCCUGGGUGGUGUGGAUACCAUUGUCAAGAUCCCUCCACACUUGCUGAGGGAGAAAUGCCUGCUGCCUCUCCAGUUGGCUUUGGAGUCCAAAAAUGUGAAGCUGGCCCAGCACGCCUUGGCAGGGAUACAGAAGCUGCUGUCAGAAGAGCGGUUCGUAUCCAUGGAAACGAACUCUGAUGAGAAGCAGCUGCUCAAUCAGAUACUGAAUGCUGUGAAAGUGACUCCUUCCCUCAACGAGGACCUGCAGGUGGAAGUGAUGAAGGUUUUACUCUGCAUCACCUACACCCCGACCUUUGACCUGAACGGGAGCGCAGUGCUGAAGAUCGCAGAGGUAUGCGUUGAGACUUACAUAUGUAGCUGUCACCAACGCAGUAUAAACACUGCUGUGCGGGCAACUCUCAGUCAAAUGCUGAGUGACUUGACCUUACAGUUACGACAAAGGCAGGAGAAUACGAUAAUUGAAAACCCGGAUGUCCCACAGGAAUUCAGGAAUCAAGGGUCGACGGUCGAGGCCCUCUGUGAUGACCUUGUGUCUGUGCUCUCUGUUCUGUGUGAGAAGCUACAAGCCUCCAUCAGUGACAAUCAGCAGCUACAGCUCCUGUUCCUGGAGUGCAUCCUGUCCAUCCUCAGCAGCUGCUCCUGCACCAUGCACCUGCACAGAGGCUUCACAGACCAGAUCUGGAAAAACCUUUGCCCUGCUCUCAUCGUGAUCCUGGGCAAUCCAAUUCAUGACAAAACCAUCACCUCUGCUCACAGCAGCAGCGCAAGCACCAGCAUGGAGUCAGACUCUGCCUCUCCGGGGGUGUCUGACCAUGGCCGGGGGUCAGGCUGCUCCUCCAUUGCACCAGCCUUGAGUGGGCCUGUGGCUCGGACCAUCUACUACAUCGCAGCUGAGCUGGUGCGGCUGGUGGGCUCAGUGGACUCCAUGAAGCCCGUGCUCCAGUCCCUCUAUCACCGCGUGCUGCUGUAUCCCCCACCCCAGCACCGGGUGGAAGCCAUCAAAAUAAUGAAGGAGCUACUUGGGAGCCCACAGCGUCUCUGUGAUUUGGCAGGCCCUAGCUCCAUCGAAUCAGAAUCCAGAAAAAGAUCAAUUUCAAAAAGAAAGUCUCAUCUGGAUCUUCUCAAACUCAUCAUGGAUGGCAUGACAGAAGCAUGCAUCAAGGGCGGCAUCGAAGCGUGCUAUGCCGCCGUGUCCUGCGUCUGCACCUUGCUCGGGGCCCUUGACGAGCUCAGCCAGGGCAAGGGCUUGAGUGAAGGUCAGGUCCAGCUGCUGCUGCUGCGCCUUGAGGAGCUCAAGGAUGGAGCAGAGUCCAGCCGGGACUCCAUGGAGAUCAACGAGGCCGACUUCCGCUGGCAGCGGCGAGUCCUAUCCUCGGAACACACUCCAUGGGAGGCGGGGAAUGAGCGGAGCCCUGACAUCAGCAUUAGUGUGACCACGGACACAGGCCAGACAACUUUGGAGGGUGAAUUGGGUCAGACAACCCCCGAGGACCACGCCGAAAGCCACAAGAACGGCCUCAAGUCGCCAGCCAUUCAGGAGAGCAAGGAGCUUCUGAGCAAAGUGUCAGAACCAGAAGCCGUGGACCAGCCAGAUGUCGUCCAAAGGAGCCACAUGGUUGCCUACCCUGACAUAACCAACUUCCUGUCCGUGGACUGCAGGAUUAAGUCCUAUGGGUCGAGAUAUAGUGAAAGCAAUUUCAGUGUAGAUGACCAAGACCUCUCAAGGACAGAAUUUGAUUCUUGUGAUCAGUACUCAAUGGCCGCAGAGAAGGACUCAGGCAGGUCCGAUGUGUCAGACAUCGGGUCAGACAACUGUUCGCUGGCUGAUGAGGAGCAGACCCCCCGGGAUUGCCUGGGCCACCGGUCCCUAAGAACGGCUGCUCUGUCUCUGAAACUGUUGAAGAACCAGGAAGCCGAUCAGCACAGCGCCCGGCUGUUUGUGCAGUCCCUAGAAAGCCUCCUUCCUCGCCUCCUGGCCCUGCCCAGCGUGCAAGAAGUGGACUCAGCCCUGCAGAACUUUGCCUCUACUUUCUGCUCAGGCAUGAUGCACUCUCCCGGGUUUGAUGGCAAUAGUAGUCUCAGCCUGCAGAUGCUGAUGAAUGCAGAUAGCCUGUACACUGCAGCGCACUGCGCCCUGCUCCUCAACCUGAAGCUCUCUCAUGGUGACUAUUAUAGGAAGCGGCCCACCCUGGCACCAGGCACAAUGAAAGAGUUCAUGAAGCAGAUCCAGACCAGCGGCGUGCUGAUGGUCUUCUCCCAGGCCUGGAUUGAGGAGCUCUACCAUCAGGUACUAGACAGGAACAUGCUUGGAGAAGCUGGCUACUGGGGCAGCCCGGAGGACAACAGCCUUCCCCUCAUCACUAUGCUGACAGAUAUUGACGGCCUGGAGAGCAGCGCCAUUGGGGGCCAGCUAAUGGCCUCGGCUUCCACAGAGUCUCCUUUCACCCAGGGCAGGAGGAUCGAUGACUCCACAGUGGCAGGUGUAGCUUUUGCUCGCUAUAUCCUAGUUGGCUGCUGGAAGAACUUGAUCGAUACUUUGUCAACCCCCCUGACGGGCCGAAUGGCAGGAAGCUCCAAAGGGCUGGCAUUCAUUCUGGGAGCUGAAGGCAUCAAAGAGCAGAACCAAAAAGAGCGCGACGCCAUCUGCAUGAGCCUCGAUGGACUGCGGAAGGCCGCCCGGCUGAGCUGUGCUCUGGGGGUUGCUGCUAACUGCGCCUCGGCCCUGGCCCAAAUGGCAGCUGCCUCCUGUGUCCAGGAAGAGAAAGAGGAAAAGGAUACCCAAGAGCCCAGCGAUGCCAUAGCACAAGUGAAACUAAAAGUGGAGCAGAAACUGGAGCAGAUCGGGAAGCUGCAGGGGUUGUGGCUGCACACUGCCCACGUCUUGUGCAUGGACGCCAUCCUCAGCGUGGGCUUGGAGAUGGGGAGCCACAACCCCGACUGCUGGCCGCAUGUGUUCAGGGUGUGUGAGUACGUGGGCACGCUGGAGCACACCCACUUCAGCGACGGCUCGGCUCAGCCCCCUCUGACCAUCAGCCGGCCCCAGAAGGCGUCUGGAGGCUCCGGGCUCCUGGGGGACCUGGAGUGCGAGGGCUCACCCCAGGAGCAGAACCUGGAGCAGGAGAGCACCCUGAGCACAGCCCCGGUCAUCCAGCCCCUCUCCCUCCAAGAACUCGUCAGGGAAGGCAGCCGAGGCCGGGCCUCCGACUUCCGGGGCGGCAGCCUCAUGACUGGGAGCAGUGCUGCCAAGGCCGUGCUCACGCUGUCCACCCAAGCCGACAGGCUCUUUGAAGAUGCUACAGAUAAGUUAAACCUAAUGGCUUUGGGAGGUUUUCUUUACCAGCUAAAGAAAGCAUCGCAGUCCCAGCUGUUCCACUCUGUUACAGAUACAGUUGAUUACUCUCUGGCAAUGCCAGGAGAAAUUAAAUCCACCCAAGACCGAAAAAGUGCCCUCCACCUGUUCCGCCUGGGGGACGCCAUGCUGAGGAUCGUGCGGAGCAAAGCACGGCCCCUGCUCCACGUGCUGCGCUGCUGGAGCCUGGUGGCCCCACACCUGGUGGAGGCUGCCUGCCACAAGGAAAGACAUGUGUCUCAGAAGGCUGUCUCUUUCAUCCAUGAUAUACUGACAGAGGUUCUCACCGACUGGAAUGAGCCACCACAUUUUCACUUUAAUGAAGCACUCUUCCGACCUUUUGAGCGCAUUAUGCAGCUGGAGUUGUGUGAUGAGGAUGUCCAGGACCAGGUGGUCACAUCCAUUGGUGAGCUGGUUGAAGUAUGUUCUGCCCAAAUCCAGUCAGGAUGGAGGCCCUUAUUCAGUGCCUUGGAAACGGUGCACAGCGGGAACAAGUCUGAGGUGAAGGAGUACCUGGUUGGUGAUUACUCCAUGGGAAAAGGCCAAGCUCCAGUAUUUGAUGUAUUUGAAGCUUUUCUCAAUACUGACAACAUCCAGGUGUUUGCUAACGCGGCCACUAGUUACAUCAUGUGCCUUAUGAAGUUUGUCAAAGGGCUAGGGGAAGUGGACUGUAAAGAGAUUGGAGACUGUGUCCAGGGACCCGGAGCCACAUCCCCAGACCUUUGCCUCCCCGCCCUGGAUUACCUCAGGCGCUGCUCUCAGUUAUUGGCUAAAAUCUACAAAAUGCCCUUGAAGCCAAUAUUCCUUAGUGGGAGACUGGCUAGUUUGCCUCGAAGACUUCAGGAGCAGUCGGCCAGCAGUGAAGAUGGAAUUGAGUCAGUUCUGUCUGACUUUGAUGAUGACACAGGUCUGAUAGAAGUCUGGAUCAUCCUGCUGGAACAGCUGACAGCUGCUGUGUCCAACUGUCCACGUCAGCACCAACCACCGACCUUGGACUUACUGUUUGAGCUAUUGAGAGAUGUAACUAAAACACCAGGACCAGGAUUUGGCAUCUAUGCCGUUGUUCAUCUUCUCCUUCCUGUGAUGUCCCUUUGGCUCCGUCGUAGCCAUAAAGACCAUUCUUACUGGGAUGUGGCUUCUGCCAACUUCAAGCAUGCCAUUGGCCUGUCCUGUGAGCUGGUGGUGGAGCACAUUCAAAGCUUUAUCCACUCAGAUAUCAGGUAUGAGGGCAUGAUCAACACCAUGCUGAAGGACCUCUUCGAGUUACUGGUGGCUUGUGUAGCCAAGCCCACAGAAACCAUCUCCAGAGUGGGCUGCUCCUGUAUUAGGUAUGUCCUGGUGACAGCAGGCCCCGUGUUCACAGAAGAAAUGUGGAGGCUGGCCUGCUGUGCACUGCAGGAUGCCUUCUCUGCCACACUUAAGCCAGUGAAGGAUCUGCUGGGCUGCUUCCACAGUGGCACUGAGAGCUUCAGUGGGGAAGGCUGCCAGGUGAGGGUGGCAGCCCCCUCCUCUUCCCCAAGUGCCGAGGCCGAAUACUGGCGCAUCCGAGCCAUGGCUCAGCAGGUGUUUAUGUUGGACACCCAGUGUUCACCAAAGACUCCAAACAAUUUCGAUCACGCUCAGUCCUGUCAGCUCAUUAUCGAACUUCCUCCUGAUGAGAAGCCAAACGGACACACCAAGAAAAGUGUUUCUUUCAGAGAAAUUGUGGUGAGCUUACUAUCUCAUCAGGUGUUACUCCAGAACUUAUAUGACAUCUUGUUAGAAGAGUUUGUCAAAGGCCCCUCUCCUGGAGAGGAGAAGACCGUCCAGGUGCCAGAAACAAAGCUGGCUGGCUUCCUCAGAUACAUCUCCAUGCAGAACCUGGCGGUCAUCUUUGACCUGCUGCUGGACUCGUACAGGACGGCCAGGGAGUUUGACACCAGCCCCGGGUUGAAGUGCCUGCUGAAGAAAGUAUCUGGCAUCGGGGGUGCAGCCAACCUCUACCGCCAGUCUGCCAUGAGUUUCAACAUUUAUUUCCAUGCGCUGGUCUGUGCUGUCCUCACCAAUCAGGAAACCAUCACUGCCGAGCAAGUGAAGAAGGUCCUCUUUGAAGAUGAUGAGAGAAGCACAGACUCGUCGCAACAGUGUUCGUCAGAAGACGAAGACAUUUUUGAGGAGACUGCCCAGGUGAGUCCCCCUCGAGGCAAGGAGAAGAGGCAGUGGAGGGCUCGCAUGCCCUCUCUGAGUGUCCAGCCCAUCAGCAAUGCCGACUGGGUGUGGCUGGUCAAGAGGCUCCACAAACUGUGCAUGGAGCUCUGCAAUAACUACAUCCAGAUGCACCUGGACCUGGAAAGCAGCAUGGAGGAAGCGCCCAUCUUCAAGAGCGACCCCUUCUUCAUCCUUCCCUCCUUCCAGUCGGAGUCAUCCACCCCGUCCACUGGCGGGUUCUCGGGCAAAGACACCCCCUCUGAGGAUGACCGAAGCCAGGCACGGGACCACCUGGGCGAGUCUCUGAGCCUGAGGGUGGGGGGCGGGGAAAUGCUGCUGCUGCCCCCCAGCCCCAAGGUGGAGAAGAAGGAUCCCAUCCGCAAGAAAGAGUGGUGGGAGAACGCGGGUAACAAGAUCUACACCAUGGCAGCGGACAAGACCAUUUCGAAGCUGAUGACGGAAUACAAGAAGAGGAAGCAGCAGCACAACCUGCCCGCGUUCCCCAAAGAGGUCAAAGUGGAGAAGAAGGGUGAGCCGCUGGGCCCCCGGGGCCAAGACUCCCCACUGCUGCAGCGUCCCCAGCACCUGAUGGACCAGGGGCAGAUGCGGCACUCCUUCAGCGCCGGCCCCGAGCUGCUGCGGCAGGAGAAGAGGCCUCGCUCGGGCUCCACCGGGAGCUCCCUGAGCGUCUCCGUGAGGGAUGCUGAAGCACAGAUCCAGGCAUGGACCAACAUGGUGCUAACAGUUCUCAAUCAGAUUCAGAUCCUCCCUGACCAGACCUUCAUGGCCCUGCAGCCGGCAGUGUUCCCGUGCAUUAGCCAACUGACCUGUCAUGUGACUGACAUCAGAGUUCGCCAGGCUGUGCGAGAAUGGCUGGGCAGAGUGGGCCGUGUCUACGACAUCAUUGUGUAGAAGCCCACAGGGAUAAAAUGCAGUACAAGGAAACAGCAGUGAGAGCAAGCGGUCACCUGGCGAUCCAUCGAAUAGCGUUCUCACCACCACUGAAACCUGUUCUCAGUCAGCUGUUCCCAAACGAAUCAGCAUUGGCGCCGACCUGGAUACCCAGGCUAUCUCUAGAUAACACAGACGGUACUUUGGUUUUGCACAUUAUUUCAGAAGAGUCCACAUUCCUUGCCACAUUUCUAAAUCUUGAAGUUUAAUUCCCAGUGCUUUUACCUGCAGUGUUAGGGUCACUUUCAAGAACCACGCCUUUGAAAACACAUUGAUGGUCAUUUUUAACACAAUUACUGAAGAAAGAUCUACUGUUAAAUGCAGCUGAUACAUAAGCAUGCACGUAUCUAGUACCAGAUAUUAGUCAUUGGAGGCAGCUUUAAAUUUUAAUUAUGGGUUUGGUGGGCAAGAAAAGUUAGAGAAAUAUAGUCUUAGGUGUUAUAAUCAAGAAAGGUAGGACUUACUCUAAAAUUUCACAUUUCAAAAUUAUUCCUAAAUUGUUGAUAUUUUUUGGUUGGUAUUCACCAACUUCAUGUAAGGUACUGUUAUGCCUCUAUUUCCCUACUUCUGAAGGAAGAAAAUCCUUUCCUGUCAUGGUUUGGAGUCUGUGGCAUGACAGCCUUUGAUAUACUGUACCUAGUAAAUGUUCCAGAUACUGCCACGGGGUGUGAGCAGCCACUCGGGCUGACCUGCUAGUCUCUGCUUUUGCUCCCAAGGCCAAAAAGGAAAGAAAAAAUGGUGCCUUAGUCCCUUGUUGCACAGACAUUUCUAUGGUCCACAGUUAUCUAAAUAUAGUAUUUGGCUUUUUAAAAAACAAACAUUAAAAUGCAGCUCAUUUUAUAUCAGCACCCUUGGAGGAAAGGAACUCAGAUCUCCAUUUAGUGAGCGGUCUUCUCAGGGAAGAGGCAGAAGAUGUGGGGUAGGGAGAAAGCCGAAAGGGAUGGGAAAGGUAUUACAGUGAAAUCAAUUUUAGUCUUAAAAUAUUUUAUAACAUCAUUAAAUUAUGGUGUCAGCUAUAUAAGCUCUAGUCUCAGAAAAAAAUAAGACUAAAGGAGGAGGAGGAGGCACAAAAUAAAACAUAGGAAAUGAAUUUUUAACAGUUUAAAAUAUUUCUCACUGGCAGGUGAAUUUACCCUACGUCUGUGAUCUAUUAUUUUAAGUGGAUUUUUUUCCCUAAAAAUGACUAGAAAAUCAGUUUAGAAUAUAUUAUUUAUGAUGACUGAAAGUCUUCAGCCCACACACAUACAUUUUAGAGAGUAGUUAGUUGCUAUGAUAUACAUUAUAAUUUUCCUAGCCCCUAAAAUGCAUUCAUAACAAAAUGUCAUUUUUAAAAAUAAAGCAUCAACUCUUCAAUAUUGAAUUAAGGACUUACAGCUGACAGCUUUAUUCAGUGCUGGUAUUUGUAAACAGUGUCUUGAGAAUUAUGUAAGUAUCCACAAGAGUGAGUGAAAAUUGUUCCUAAGCUGUCAUGGAAGGCAGAGUUGUGAUUUAUCUAGGCAAUCUAAAAACAAGAACCUUCUUCACUAUGCCAUCUAGAAAUCACCACCACAGGCUCCAGAAGACACUCUUUCAGUUCCUCGAAACAUUCUCCUUGCCUUCCAUUUUAACUCAUUAAACAAUAAUAAUAAUUCAAGUUUAGAAACAGCUCAACUAUUUGAUGAGUUUUGGGGAUAACAAUGAGCUGCAUUCCGUCCUUUGAAAUUUUAAACUUUGUAACUUAUCUGAGGUUCAGGGCUCUUUAGUGAGCCCAUGAGUACAGCUUCAGUGAAGGGAAGUAUCAAAUUAGAGUAACUACACACUGUUUACAUGUGGCCACUUAUUAUAAAGUACAAAAAUUCAAGGGAGAUCAGCCUUUUAUGAAGGUCAUGUCCAGAAGUUAGCUGUCUAAACACUGCCCUAGCAAGGGUCCAGAGAACAAAAUGUCAAGUGAAGGCACAUAGCUCUGUACUUGCAAUUUUUGUGAGAGGGCUGGGUCCUUUACCAUUCUCUUUUCUAUGACCCACUGGAGGCCAACAUUGGACCUCCCUUCACAGCGUACUCUAAUCCACAUCCAUGCCAGAUUUCAACCAGAAAAUAAGCUAAGUCCCAGUAAUACCUCUAAGAAGUAUAUGCAUUUGUCAAAACAGACUUUCCUUGAUGCAAAUAAUCUCAACAAAUAGGACUCAGGUCAGGAGGAGCGGGGGAGAUUAUUAGGAACACUUGGUGGCCAGUCCCUCACUCUUCCUGGUACCUGGCUUUGCCUCUCUCCCCCCGCCCCCAACUUCCUUCAUUGUCUUGAACAGUGGCAGGUAUUUUUCUCUCCACACUCAUAUGGCAACAGUCAGAUCAAGGUCGAGACCACCUUUGCAGUUUGGAACAGCUAUUACCAUGUAUUUAUAGACGUGAGAUAAACACAACAUUGCACAUUGCUUUUAGUUGCCUGUACUGCCAAGUGUAUGCUACACACUAAGGCUGAAAGAUUUGCUUUCUCCUGUUCUGGUGAAGUGUGCACCAUGAAAGCAGCACCUGGACAACUCAGAGGAAUUGCUGACUGAAUGGCCCAGCCAAGUACACACACAUCAGACUGCUCCCACCACUAGGGGGCAGAGGCUGGAUGGAGGCUGUUUGAAUUCCCACAGGCACUCUCCUAGCUCUGGCUUCUCCUGACCAGCUUUUAAAUAUGCGUGGUUACCUUUUUACCAUCUUGUCUUCUCUCCCUGUAACUUUUCCAGCCUUCUCCACAAUCACAAAGCUAGGCCACUCUGACACUAUCUAAAUGACGAUAAAGACAGAUAAUGACAUACACAGUAGCUCAGAUUUUUUUUUUUUAAUGUUCUUCACUAGUCUGAUCUGGUCUCCAAAUACAGUUGACCAGUAUAGGUUGUCAAGUGAAGUGGAUGAAAGGAAUGCUUGAUUUUAAAAAGACGGUUUUUCCAUUUCCAGAGGGAGAUAAAAAGGUAGAAGUAAGGAAGUGUUUGAAUUGUCAGUGGGUAAAGACCUCUGCCCCUUUCAUGCAUGUUUGUCACAGCUCACCAUCAUUCCGUAACUCCAAAAGUACCACUAAAUUGGAACUUCCUGCCACACUAUCACUAUAUUUUUUGUUCUUGUUUUAAGAAAACUUCUACAGAGUCAGUUAAAAAAAAGUCAAAUAGCCUUAACUGUAGGAAAGUAAUACACUUAUAUAAUAGAUAUAUAUUGACUUGACUUCCCCAAAUACACCACAAUAUACAGGAAAAGUUCUCUUUCUCACAAAGGAAGAGCACUUUUGUGUCAGUACCAUCAAACUAAAGGAGGAAGGCCUUUGUAGCUCAUAACAGACAGCAGAAAGGAGGUGACAUUUGUGGAGGUGCCAGUGACUGUGAACCUUUACCUAUGUUUUUAUUUAAUUCUCACAAUUACCUUGUGAAACAAUAAUCCUCAUUUUUACAGAUGAAGACACAGACCCAGAUUAGUUAACUUGCCCAAGAUGACCAGCAAAUGGCAAAGCUGGUGGCAAGAGAGGUGUCCUGAAUUCAGAGGCCACGCUCUCUCCUCCACACCAUGUCUAAGCUCCCAGGGUAAAUGCUUUAGUGUUUCAAGGAAUUAAAUGGUUAAAAUGAGCUGAAAAUACUGAUUGAGGUCUCAGAUCUAGAACGUGGAGUGGGGCUAGGAUCCAAAUAUGGUUUUAAGAAGGAAGUGAGUGUUUAUACAUAGAAAUUUUAUACAUAUAAUUUUUUUGAAUGUUUGAAAAUAAAGCAAGCAACAUCUAAAUUUUCAUCUUAAAGUGAACCUCCAGAGGUAAUUUAGAGAAUUCAAAUAAGGUGGAAAUGAUGGGAUAUUACUGUUCAUGGCCAGCUGUUAUGCAGAAAAUCAUGACACUGUGUCUGGAAUAACAUGCACAGUUUGUACGCCUUUUUUCAAUUACCACUUAAUCACUCAGAAUAAAGUGCCCUGUAGCCAACAGUGCCUCUACUUGCUUCCUGGCAAGUAUAUAGUACUAAAAUUAUAGGUCUUAUCAAAGUUUGGAAAUAUGCAAAAUGACCAUUUUUCAAAGAAUACAUUCUCUGAAGAGGAAACCACUGGUAGAACAAGAUUAUUUAAAGAUCCAGGUACUGAGGGCAUCAGGUCAAUACCAUACCAUGUACCACAACGCCUAAAUAUUUCUACUUGCUUUGCAGACAAGGAAACUGACAGAAAGAACAUUCAACAUAUUGCAGUAACCUAAUGACAGAACUCACAUAUGCUUGGGUACCAUUAUACAAUCCUAGUGAGAUUUAGAGUGGCCUUAACAGAGCAAGACUGUUUUAAGCACUUUUCAUUGGAAAUAUGAGCUGUGUGUUGGGCAAGAUUUAUGAAAUUGGUACAGAACUCAGAAUUAUGCCUCAUCAAGAAGUUCUCCUUAUUCACUAGGGGAGCAAUUUAGAAAACUGUCUUUUUGUGAGAUUCCCUUCCUCUGUCUGUAUUGUAAAGUUUGUAUUUGAUGUGGAAAUAACAAAGAACUUAAAGUUUUGAACUAGAACACCAUUUAGAUUUCCAAAACAAUUAUUACUUCAGGGAAGAUAGACCAAAAAAUAUAUGUAAGCAUCCUCUGGGAUAGUCUAGGAGAAACUCAGCUGAGAACUAUGCUCCGUUUACUUAUAAACAGUGGUACCACUAAUUAAUUGAAGAAAACACACUACCACACCACAUACAGACCACAUACAGUCCCAUAUAGAACCUUCCCCCCACUGUCUUUGAGUAGUGAAGCAGGGGGGGCUCCAGGGAGGAGAGACUAACCAUCUUAGUAACAAUGCCAGUCAACUGCUGGUGAAUCCCAUCCAACAAUGGUCUUUCCAGCCUUUGUACUACCAAGAAUUGUUUAUCCUGUUGCUUCUUAUCGCAAAGGCUUAAGUAGUCAUUACCUAGUGUCUUUGGACUUUAGAAAGUGGUUCUCAAACUUCAGCUCACAUCAGAAUCACCAGGUGAGCCUGUUAACACAGCUAGCUAGGCGUAGGCCCAGUGUCUGAUUCAGUAGGUCUGGGAACUUGCCUUUCUACCGAGUUCCCAGGUGAGGUCAAUGCUGCUGGUGUAGGGACCACACUGAGAACCACCACCCUGAAAACAAUUUUGCAACUACUCCCUUUAAGAUCAAGCUGAUUUAUCAAGCACUAGAGGAAAAAAGGAACUUGACCUUGGGCAGACACCUUGGGAUUGGAUUCUCUAUAGCAUUCCUGCUCGAUCUUCCCAGUUUCCAGGUUUAUCAUACCAACAACUGAUUUUUACAAGCUAGAAGACAAUGAAUGUAAAAGUUCUAUGGAACAGUGAAAUCAGUGUAUGCUUCUCGUCUUUGUAUUUAGAAACUUUGAUUCUACGGAUGAUCAUUUGUAUCAUGUUGACCCUUUGACUUGUACUGAGGUGAUUUUAAAUUUAAGUAUGUAGUGCUGGAGUUUUCUCUGUCCCUACAGUUUUAAUGAGAUGUUUCCAUGUUGAAUCCAUUACAGCCUUGGCUCCUGGCUUCCAGAAGUUUUUGAAUAGUUGCUUGCCAGUAGUUUAAUAUCCCCCAUUAGUCACCAAAAUAUCAGUGUAUCAAAAUAUUACACUAUUUGAUGUAUCUUCAUCUUUAACUGUCUGGUGUGAGUCAGUAUUUUAAUUACCUAUAUAUCUGUAAAGAGUCUACCAAAUGGCUUCAUGGAAUUUGCAAACUGAAUCAACUCCCUUUUGAGCAGUAAUGUGCCUAUUUUAAGAACUUUUCAGUAAAUGUAUUUGUGAACAUAUCUGCACAAUGGAGAACAUAUUCAUCUUAUCUUCCAAAUGAUGGGGAAAAUUUAAAAGUACAUCAAUAUGCUUUGGGAAUACAGUAAAAUCAUGCUAACUCACAUAUAAAUAGAGCCUUAGUUUAUUCCUUAAAUCUUUUUCAAUUCACUUUGGAAAUUCUUUUCCCAUUAAAAAAACAAAGGGAAUAAUUCAGGCCUCCC